UAUUUGCCAAGAGCCUGCCAUUUUGUAAGAUAGAAGGGAGAUAAAAAAUAGUUUUAUGGUGUUAAAAUUUUACAAAAACGUCGUUGCCAUUUGUGUUAGGGCCCAAAACAAAUGUUUAAAUGGACGCAUCGUCCAUUAUAACUCAGGUGUCACGGGAUGACGAACAAUUAAACAAUUAUGGAUCCGACAGAGGGUCAUCCCCUGGCGGGCAGCAUAAUGAAGGUGAUGGGACACCAGUGUCAGGGUCUACUCCUUUGGGGAGUAAGAAGUCGAGCGGGAGCGGUGGUUUCCUGCGAUCGCUGUUGUGUUGCUGGCGCGGCGGCCGAGGCAAGGGCCCUCCCGGCGGGAAUGGCACGAAUAGCAUCGACGGCAGGGCUUCCCCUCCGCUCCUGGUUAUGCACGACCAUGCCCCCAGACCCUUGUUGCCACCAGUGAGACAUCAGGAUAUGCAUAAAAAGUGUAUGGUCAUAGACCUCGAUGAAACAUUAGUGCACAGCUCCUUCAAGCCCAUAAACAACGCAGACUUCGUGGUGCCGGUAGAGAUAGACGGCGCGGUGCACCAGGUGUACGUGUUGAAACGGCCGCACGUGGAUGAGUUCCUGCGGCGCUGUGGUGAACUGUACGAGUGCGUACUAUUCACCGCCUCGCUCGCCAAGUACGCCGACCCCGUGGCUGACCUGUUGGACAGAUGGGGCGUGUUCCGCGCGCGGUUGUUCCGCGACAGCUGCGUGUUCCACCGCGGCAACUACGUGAAGGACCUCAACAGCCUCGGCCGCGACCUCCGACGCGUCGUCAUCGUCGACAACUCGCCAGCUUCGUACAUAUUCCACCCGGACAAUGCUGUACCUGUCGCGUCAUGGUUCGACGACAUGACAGAUUCAGAACUAUUGGACUUGAUACCGUUUUUCGAGAAACUAAGCAAGGUGGACAGUGUAUACACAGUGUUGCGCAACUCCAACCACCCGUACAACCCGACACAGAACAGCGCGCCGGCCACAUAGCCGCGGCCCCCGCCCCCCGCGCCGCUGCGGGCCGCGCACAGCGCUCGCGAGCGCGCACGCCAUGCUCGCGAGCGGCCGCGCCACGCUCGCGAGCGGCCGCGCUGCGAAUGCGCGUGCUCGGAGCUCGCGCCCGCGCCGCGGCCCGCGACGCUGACGACCUUCCUCGAAACGAUCAUAAAGAAAGGAGCGAACUUCGUCUUAAGUGCCAAUUUUGCCUUCUGGAUAGUGAGGACGUUGUUUGUACCUAUUUUACAGUUUAGGUAUUUCCUAGUGCGUAAGUGGUCCGUCUGAUGGAUAUGUGAUGUUUUUUUUAUUUAGCGCUGACGGCUUGCGGUAAUCUUGUGCGUGCGUCCUCGACUCUGCGUGAAAUUUUGACUUUUUAACCGUUUACCUCUUUUGUACGUCUUCGAUGGUACGAUUUCUCUUUCUAUAUCAUGCUUGGGAUCAAAUACGAGUAAGUUAGGAUACUUCGUCGACGUGGUCGCUACGUUUUAGUUUAGUUUGUCCGGUUCGAUAGACCGCCGCCGCUCGGCGUAGCUCCGACGCUUGCUUCUCUGUGCGCUGUAACAUAACUCGAUAGACUUGUAACAUAAUCACGGAUUCUAAACAAAUUCGACUGGUAAUAAGGUAGGUGUCCAGUUAAGCGAAUUUGUAAAUAUUUUUUAUAAACAGGACGACGCUUGAAACAUUGAUUAGAUAACUACGAUUGUGAAUAAUUGUAAUGUAUAUAAUUAUUGUAUAACUAUGAUAUAAAAAGUAAAAUCAGGUGAAAUAUAGCACUUAAGGUGAGUAAGAUCGCGCACUGUCAUAUUAUUCGGCGUUACACUAUUUUGUAUUAUGUGAUGAAAAACAAAAUGCCAUAUAAUUUAUCUUAUUCUGAACCGUCUCUACGCAUCUGUUAUUAUAAGUUACCGAUUGUAACUAUGAGAUUAAAAUUUAGAUAUAAAUAAUAAUAAAUGUUGUAUGGAAUAUUAAAACACUUAAGGUAUUUUGAUCACAUUAUGAAAUAGAAAAUAGUGUAAACAGACUACUCGUAAGGUCUGUACACAGUAAUAUAUUGUAUGUAUAAUAAUAUGCCUAUGUAAGGAGCCGUGUGUACACAUCUUUAUGUACUGCAGUGAUUAUUAAUUAUAUAUUUUUCAUUAUUGCAUUCGUGACAAUAAGAAGUCAAUCGCGUGAGUGUCAUAUGAGUUACUAAUGUAAUUUAAAUAAUUAUUUUAUUAAACGGGUGAACAAUAUCAGAUCGACUUGGCAUCUAAUUGUAUUAACUAAUGCUAUCAUAUAGAAGGAGUAUGACGUCGUACAGUCGACCGCACAUCAGAAUAUAAUUUUUAGUUACAAAAUCGCUUCUAUUACAGCUGCUUAAAGUUUACAUUGAUGUGUCGUCAAAAAGAAUGUCGUGAUAGUCGAAAAUGUUUGCAAAUGGUGUACCAACAACACUUUGUUCUUCUGAACUUUUAAAAACAUAAAAAUACUCGAGUUCUGAAGUUAGUUUUGUCUCAAUUUACGUAUUUGGAAAUAGGAUGGCUGAUGUAUGUUGCUUACUUCCAAUAAAGCCAAAGCGGUCCCAGGAGACCGUCUUAACAAUUUAUGUAUUUAUGUCGUUUUACUAACACAAAUUUAAUCAUUGUCUUCGUUAUUAACUAUCCUAAAAUGGAAACAUUUUCAGUUUGAUGUUUUGGGGAAGUAUUUAGUACGAUUUGACGUGUUACGAAAUGUCCAGAUAUAAAACUAAUGCUCAUACAGCCAUAGAUUCUUACGGAUUUUAUACGUCAUCACUGUAUCAAUUUCGACUGUGACACAUUUUUUAAUUAUUUUCCGGUUUUAGGGUUCCGUAGGCUGACAAGGAACCCUUAUAGUUUCGUCAUUAUAUCGUUAGCUCUUCCAUUUUUUAUUUAUAUUAAAAUAUAACCGCGUAGUUACUGUAGACUGCCAUUUGAAUUCCGCUACUACACGAAUAUUUGUUUUGUUUUAAACGGUAAGCUUCAUUGCGAUAGAAAUAAAAACGCUGCAUCUAACUUAUGAUAUCGUCUCAGUAUUAAACUAGUUUUGUAGUAUUUGAUGCCAUUUUACACAGGAUUAUUCUAGAUGAUGUGUAACUAAAAUAUUUUAUUAUACAAGUUUUGGAUGUCAAGAUCCCAUUUAAGGGAGAACUACAAAAAGGGCGAUAUUUAUUAUGAUUUUCAACUUAUGAAUUGUUUUAGCCUUAAGACAAAAUGAUAAAUUGACCCCAAUUAUAUCCUAUAAUAAGCAAUUUUCUUAAUACGCCUUCAUGAUCUUCAGAAAACCUCAAAAUUCAAAAUUAUAACUAUCGGAUUUAUAUAAGAAUUGAUUAAUUAGGUAAUAUAAAAUGGUGCUUUCAGUAUUAGUUGAUUAAGCAACUCGAAAUUUCGACUGUUAAGGAACCUAUAGCACUUCUGACGCACAUUUGACACCUACGAUUGGUUUAAGGGUAUAUUACAAGUACUGAGAAUCGGCAUAAAGCAUUUUAUCAGACAGUACUCUUCGCCUUGGCUCGCACGAUGCCAUCUAUUUAUUGUUUUAAUUGCUUAGCAAAAAAAUCGUUUUAUUGUUUUUUUAUAAUUAAUUUUUAAACAAUAUCAAUCUAUUAUUGUUUUGGUAUUACACGUGUAAAUAAGAUUUUUAUUAACUUAAGAGACGGAAGCUCGAUUUUUAACACAUUUGGCUUAUAUGGUUUCAUUAUUUUCUUAGUGUACAUGUUAGUUUGUUAUUUAGUGGCUACACGCAGGUAUGUAUGUACCUCUAUACGUAUAUUUGGUUUAGUAUACGCAAUCGCUAGUUGUAUCAACGUGUAUCUUAGAGAGAACCAUUGCCCGAUUUCCCGCCGACCAGUAAUCCACUUAGGUCUGUAAAAGUAUAACCGCACUUGAGCUUCACUGUUUUUCUAGUAAGGUGGAUCAUGUUUAUAAUUAUGACGACAGUCUAAAUUGUACUGUUCUAAUUCAAUGCCGGUAUAACAAAAUAAAGUGUAUUCCACGGCGUCGUGUCGCGUCGUAACAUAAUUAAGUUUGUUUUCUGCGCAUGCGCCGUUUUGACGGGCCACGCCCCCUAUAAGUCACGUGACUGUGGGUAUAACACCUCUAUAGUUCACCACCUUGCUAGAAAUUACAUUUACAAAUUGACCCAAUCGGAUAAUUUUUAUGAUGGAUGAUAAUUAAUAAUACGCUACGAUUGCCAGUAACCAUGAAGACCGGGAAGUACGUAAAAUAAGAACGUGAAUAUCAAAUUAUGAAAAAAAUAUUUGUCAGAUAUGUAAUAAUGGGACGCGUGUGACCAUGUAAGCUAGCAAGUGUGGAUUACUAGGCAAAGCAGUUAUUAUCAUUAUCACCUAUAGACCACUGUAGACAGCAUUUAUUUGUAAGCAUUAACACGUAGGGUAGGAUGUUAUAGUAAUAUAUACGUUGAUUUCUCUAGUUGUAAGCAUUCUGUUGUUUAAAUGACGCGUUUUUUUAAACAAUGUUUAACUUAGGCUUACUAGAACAUGUCCCUGUGUGACUUAGAAUUUUAUCUACUUUUUAUUGUAAAGUUUGACUAUAAAAAUCGUCCAACAGUGUUAUUUAGAAUGUAAUAUUGUUAAUUUUAUUUAAAAUUAAAUGCAUGCAAUAAAAUUUGGUUGAUAUUUUUUAAUAAUAUCUUAUUACUUAUAUUAAUGAAAUGUAAUAAAAUUAUUUUAUGUCUAACAUCUAACUAGCGAGAUUGGGUAUUAGUGCUGCAACGUGUGAUUGAAAUAACGCAAAUGCUGGUAUUUAUUAUAUUUAAUUGAUGCAGCUUAUGCUUAAUUACUGUUAAAGAUUUUUUUAUGUUUAUUAAAUUCUUAUAUCUCAAAAAGGCGAAAGCGCAUUUGCUGAGCGUGAUUUCUUGUCUCAGUAUGACACAGCUAUGUUAUGUAUUUUAGGUAAAAAAUAACCUAACCUGAACAAAUUUCUGUUUGCGUUAAUUCAACCACACGUUGUAUAAUUAAUUAUAUUUGCAAAAUAUUUUUAUAUUGUAAUUUAACAUUGGUGUAUAGAAAGUAUUGAUUGGUAAUCGGCGACAGAUUUAUAUGCAAUGAAAAUCUUUGGUAUAUUCCUUUUUAUUGAGAUUUUUUAUGUGGAAAGUAUAUUUUAUUCCGUGGUGCUCUUUGACGAGAUCAUGUGACUUUUAAUGGAACGCAACAUUAUUGUCUACUUAUGAAUUUGUUUAUUUGCAUUCAAAGUUCAGGGGUCUACUUUGUAAAACCAUUUUGAUAUAUCGGCUCAAACUUCUCUCUCACUUAAAACGGCAUCCUGGGGUGAGGAAGGGAGACAAUAUAAAAACAACUAGAUCUAUUAUCUCGAUAAUUGCCAGUUUGAAAUCCGUUCGCGGUGGAUUAUAAAAAACACUACUUAAAACUUUAACUUUACUUAAUUAAUUCUCGCUCACGCUGUGGAAUUUAUUGUUACGACUAAAAAUGAGAGAGACAGUUGAAACACGAAAUGUCUAAAUCGUUUUCUGAAUAGCCCACUGAAUUUCCUUUACAUUUUAUUCUUGACCGAAAUUAACUUUAUUGUAAUUGUAAAGUAAUUUUACAUGCCAGAUUGUAAUAAACUGUGUGUUCCAUUAUUUGUUAAUCAAAUUAACUCUAUUUCAUGUUGUUUUAAAAUGGCGAUGUUGUUGUAACAGUUGUCUCUUCCUCCUGCAUUGUCUUCUUAUUUUGCUUUGAGACAAAGUACAAAUACCAACGGUUGGUGAUCCGAACAAACUCGUUAAGUCAGUUAUUUUAACCUUUCGAAGUUAAGGUUGUGCCUGUGCUGUACUACAUAUCUUUAAUUUGACGCUAUUCUAUGUGUUUUAUUGGGAAGCGAAAUUCUUGCCUGUAAAUAAAGAAUACUCUCGAAUGUCUAAAGCUAAUCAACCUUGUCACUGCCCAACUUUAUAUCUAAGGCCCCAAGCUCUGGUUUGCAAAAAAUAAACGACAAAUAGAGCAUUUUUAUUAUAAUAGUACUUGCAAAUCCACUUCUGCUGAUUUCACAGUAUUCCGCGCAUGUGCAAUAUUCUUUUAACGCUCCGACCAUCCAAUGUUCCAUAUUUUUGUAGAUUCAAUAUUUUUAAGGUUCGAUUUCACUUAACAAUGAAUUAAUACAAUAAUUAGGACUCGUAACAUUGUAGAUAUCUUGUACAGCAUUACUUGACAGGACGGUAUUAUGAACAUUUGUACCUAUCAGAGACUAGGCAAGUGAGAGGACUAUAAUUAAUAUAUUUAUGUGUAAUAGCCAUGAAAAUAGGGAAAAUCACGAGAGUAGCUAGGUAACAUUUACCUGAGACGAAAUUUAUAUUAUGGUGUACAUUUUUGAUAUGAUGUUGUACAAAAGAGACCUUUGGUAUGUUAUUUUAUAGGAAUGAAAUAAAUAGCCUUAAUAAACAAAA